UGUAGGCUACCUGUGUAUGAGUGCCUCCCUCCAAAUAGGCAUACCCCUCCCCCCUUGCUACUUUAGGAACUUGCACCCAUUCAUUCUGAUUCAUUAACAUUCCUGCCACAGAUUUCCACAAAGAACCGGAGUGGACGACAGAACAACAGGCACAGAAAAGAGGUAAUGAAAUAUAGUGGACUGGACUAGAACAAGUUGAUGAACAGAACAUCACCGGCUGUUACGGUGUUGCAAUAGAGAUGCACACACACUAUGAUCUAAAGGUUUAGAGUGGUGAGUCAGCCCUCAGCAGAGUGGAACCCCUCUCCUCACAUACAGAGCACAGAGCUGCCAGACAAGGUGUUCUCCAGGAGUGUUGCCCACCCCCCACACACUCCACCGCUCUAUCCAAACCCUCUAGGACAGACAGGAUCCCCACUCCUCUGGACAGGACCUCAUUUUUGUUUACUGUGAAUGAAGAGAUAAGGUGAUGAUGUCAGAGGACAGCUGUUGCCGAAUAUGCUGCAGGGGGGUGUAUAGCUGCUACUGGAGGCACCCCAGUGAGAGGAAACGAAAAUGCUCCCGCUGCAGGUUGUCAGUCCUUACCGCUGUGUCCCUCCUCACUCUGUUCUGGAUGUAUGUCUGUCUGAUGGCCUUCAAUGACCGCGAGGAUGUUAACUGGAAGGCCUUUUCCAUUCUGAAACUGUGGGUGAACUGGUUCAUGGUGCUAAUAAUCAUCUCUGCUGUAUUGACCAUCUACUGCACCCUAUUACUGGUCUUUGCGCUGUUCCAACUUGCCUUGAAAGAGCCUUUGGACUUACACUGUCUGCACAAGUUGUUCCUGUUUUUAGGUGUGGUCUUCAUCACCCUGGGCAUUGCUGGAAUAAGUUUACAGUGGAAAGAAGAGUGGCACACUGUUCUUCUGUCACUGCAGGCCACGGCGCCAUUCCUACAGAUGGGAGGGGUUGGAGCCCUGACCCUGGUCAGCUGGCUGGUGUUCCAGGGCUUCCAUAGAUCCCGCAGAGUAGCCUCUAAGAUCCUCAUCAUGGUAGUGUUUACUGGCGUGUCAGUGGCAAUGUUCCUCAGCCCACUCUUCAUCCAAUCCCCUUGUCUGGUGGACGAGAAACAGCUGCCCCCUAAACCUGCCCUCUUUGGUCAUCGCGGAGCACCAAUGCUGGCCCCAGAGAACACCAUGAUGUCGUUCAGGAGGAGUGUGGGGUGCAACGUGACCGCCUUUGAGACGGACGUGCAGCUCAGUAAGGACAGAGUUCCUUACCUGAUGCACGACAACGGCAACCAUUUCCUGAGGAGGACUACAGAUGUUCUACAGAAGUUCCCUGGGAAAGACUUGAACCACAGCACAAACCUCACCUGGGAGGAGCUACAGGAAUUAAACACUGGUGAUUGGUUCCUGAAGACAGAUCCAUUCCGUUCAGUGUCCCAGCUCUCAGAACAGGAGAAGAAGACAGCUGGGAACCAGAGUGUUCCCUCCCUUCUGCAGCUACUUCACCUGGCCAAGACUCAUAACACCUCUGUCAUCUUUGACUUGAAGAAUGACAACAACAAUGACACUAAUGACACUGUGAAAACCAUCCUCAACUCUGGCAUCCCCCACGACAAGAUCCUCUGGCUUCCCCCCACACAUAGGGAGGAUGUGAAGAAGGUUGCACCAGGAUUCAAACAGGUUUACAACAAUGUGCUUGAUAUGAACCGUGAUGGAGCAGAUCAUCUGAAUAUCAAGUACAGUGCGUUGAGCUUCACAGAGAUCGGGGAGCUUCGGAAAAGGAACGUUUCGGUGAACCUGUGGGUGGUGAAUGAACCAUGGCUCUUCUCUUUAAUGUGGUGCUCGGGGGCCAGCUCUGUGACCACCAACGCCUGCUCUGUCCUACAGGACAAGAACCAGCCUGACUGGACAAUGGGACGUAAUACAUACAGAUGUACAUGGAUCACAUUGGACCUGGGGUCAUUGCUCAUAAUGUUCGCACUCUUCAUCUUAAAGAGGACACAAGAGCAUCAUAUAAAGAGACAUUCUAUAAUGAGGAAGUGGAAUAAUGGUUUGUGUCUGAUUAUCUCUAGAAGAAAAGAGAUGCACACAUGUUCUGCUUUGGAAUCAAGAGAGCUAUCUUCCUUCUUACCAUCUGAAUAGUUCAGCUUGGAUCCAGAAAUCCAUCCCACCCCACCCUACUGUCUGAAUAGUUCAGCUUGGAUCCAGAAAUCCAUCCCACCCCACCCUACUGUCUGAAUAGUUCAGCUUGGAUCCAGAAAUCCAUCCCACCCCACCCUACUGUCUGAAUAGUUCAGCCUGGAUCCAGAAAUCCAUCCCACCCCACCCUACUGUCUGAAUAGUUCAGCUUGGAUCCAGAAAUCCAUCCCACCCCACCCUACUGUCUGAAUGGCUCAGCGUGGAUCCAGAAAUCCAUCCCACCCCACCCUACUGUCUGAAUGGCUCAGCGUGGAUCCAGAAAUCCAUCCCACCCCACCGUACUGUCUGAAUGGCUCAGCGUGGAUCCAGAAAUCCAUCCCACCCCACCCUACUGUCUGAAUGGCUCAGCGUGGAUCCAGAAAUCCAUCCCACCCCACCCUACUGUCUGAAUGGCUCAGCCUGGAUCCAGAAAUCCAUCCCACCCCACCCUACUGUCUGAAUGGCUCAGCCUUGAAUCAGGAAGUAAUUGGGCUAAUUGAAGAGACAGUAUCUAUAAAAAUGUGUGGAUCACAUGCGUAAAGUACAUUUUACAUUCAUUAUGAGAAUUUAUGAGCAAAGGUGAAAAUACCACAUGCGUUGCCACAAGGAUGGCCAUUCAAGAAGUAAUUUGUCAUUUUAUUUCAAUAUAUUUAGAUGCUUUUUGUGACCAUUUGUAAAUAGUGUUUUCCUAUAGAAAAUGUUUGACACUGUAUUUGUAAAAAAAAAUAUUUAUUUGUUCACUGUAUACAUUAAGUUUAAGUUUACAUUACGUCUUAUUUGGAAACUACUGGUGUUGGGUUCAUUGAUAAAUGUCAGCACUAUUUCCACUGGGGCUUACAUUCUGAAUGAGAGAUUUACAAAAUGAUCACAAAUGAUCUUAUAGCCUAUUUUUUAAAUAAAAUGUUAUCUGGA